UAUGUCUGAUAUGUUGUCUAGCAUAACAUUCCUUUUCAGAAAGUUGAUAAUUCAAAUUCCUUGAGCUCAACUCAAGGGGCAUAGAAACUCUAGAUGAUGGAGAAACUAAGUCAAAUGAAAAGCACGUUCUUGAAGUUUAUUUCAAAACAACCAGUGUCAUUAGUUAUAUUUCAGAACCCAACUCUUAGUCCUUGUCGAUCACCUACAACACAAUUUGGUUCAAUAUUUCCCAAAGAAGCUAGAAGAAAACACAAAAGUGGAAUCAGUUUUAGCCCAAAAGAACCUACAUCUCCUAAAGUCUCGUGCAUAGGACAAGUUAAGUGCAAGAAGAAAAAGAAGGCAAAGAAAGAGGUUCCAACCAAAAACAUUGACUCUGUUCAGUGUCCUGAAAAUAAGGUUCUACUUUGGAUUUCUAAGGGUGUUUACGAGGGAGGGAAACAAGGUGGACAAGAGAAGGUAACAAACAUGCUCAAUGUUCCUCCAACGUUGGAUGCUAUGAAGAAAUUUACUAGUGGGAGAGGAUCUUUGUAUGAUUUUGAUUUCACACUUGCAGAAAGGUGAAUUAAUGUAACAUUUUUUUUUAUAUAUAUAAUAAGAAUGUUACCUUCAUUUAUAGUGCA